AUGGCACCGAUUGCGACAGCAGAUCUUCAAUCCAACACUCGUGUCAAUACAAAGCCAAAGGCCUAUUUGAUCGACUCGUACCAUCCUGAGGCAGUCGCGCGAGCUCAACAAUUGUUCGAUCUCGUCCUGCCAGAUUCGCCAGAAUGCAAGAACUGGAAGCAGGCUGAAUAUCUACUGGUGCGAGGUAGCAGACUUACAGCUGAGGACAUCUCGGCGUGUCGAAAUCUGCGCGCAAUCGGCAAGCAAGGAGUCGGGGUGGACAAGAUCGAUGCCAGUGCAUGUGCGGCAAGUGGAAUCAAGAUAUUGAACACGCCAGGUGUGAAUGCUCGCGCCGUGGCAGAGCUCGUGCUCACCUUGACGAUGGCCCUUGCACGACAAGUGCGUUCCAUAGCAGUGCGUCAGGAGUUAGGUCACGCUGUGCCAAAGGAAGAAUGCAGCGGGAUACUGUUGCACAAGUGUACCAUCGGCAUCGUUGGGAUGGGAAACAUUGGCAAGAUCAUCGCCGAAAUCUUUCGCGGAUCCUUCGACUCCAACAUAAUCGCAUAUGAUCCCUAUAUGGGUACACACGCCUGGCCAGACAUCCCGCACAAGCGUGUUCAAAAUGUGGAGGACUUGUUCCAGGAAUCGGAUGUUAUCACAUUGCAUGUACCAUUCACGUCUGAGACGCAAGAUCUCAUCUCCUACAAGCAGAUGCAACUUAUGAAGCGGAGUGCCAUCCUCAUCAACACCGCUCGAGGAGGUAUCGUGAAUGAGGACGACCUGUGUCGAGCGCUCGAUGAUCGACUGAUAUGGGGAGUAGGACUCGAUUGUCAUGUGCAAGAACCGCCAACGAAGGAGAAGUACAGCAGGCUUUGGGCACAUCCGAACGUGCUCAGCCUGCCUCACGUUGGAGCAGCUACAGCGACGACGCAACGCGAUACAGCCGUAGCAGCGGUCGAACGAUUAUACGCCUACGCCACGCGUGAAAGAUGA